CCUGCCUCCAGUGCCACACCCUGUACACAAUCCCUUCAGAAAGGCUCUGUAGCUCUGGCCUCAAGCACAGUUGCAGCCACUGAGGGGAGAUGCCAUGUCCUGCACCUUCACAGCCCUGCUCUGUCUUGGACUGACUCUGAGGCUCUGGAUCCCAGUGCUGACAGGGUCCCUCCCUAAGCCUAUCCUCAGAGUACAGCCAGACUCUGUGGUCCAAGUGUGGACUAAGGUGACCUUCUUGUGUGAAGAGACAAUUGGAGCCAAUGAGUACCGCCUCUAUAAAGAUGGAAAGCUAUAUAAAACCGUAACAAAGAACAAACAGAAGCCAGCAAACAAGGCUGAAUUCUCAUUCUCAAAUGUACACCUGAGAAAUGCAGGUCAAUAUCGAUGUUCCUACAACACCCAGGAUGAAUCAUCAGGCUACAGUGACCCCCUGGUGCUAGUAGUGACAGGACACUACUGGACACCCAGCCUUUCAGCCCAGGCCAGCCCUGUGGUAACUUCAGGAGGGUAUGUCACUCUCCAGUGUGAGUCUUCGCAGAGCUAUCACAGGUUCAUUUUAACUGUAGAAGGACAGCAGAAGGUCUCAUGGACACAAGACUCACAGUAUAACAUCUCUACAGGGAAGUACCACGCCCUGUUCUCUGUGGGCCCUGUGACCCCCAACCAGAGAUGGAUAUGCAGAUGCUACAGUUAUGACAGGAACAGACCAUAUGUGUGGUCACCUCCAAGUGAAUCCGUGGAGCUCCUGGUCUCAGGUAAUCUCCAAAAAACCACCAUCAAAGCUGAACCAGGCUCUGUGAUCGCCUCCAAGAGAGCAAUGACCAUCUGGUGUCAGGGGAACCUGGAUGCAGAAGUAUAUUUUCUGCAUAAUGAGAGAAGCCAAAAAACACAGAGCACACAGACCCUACAGGAGCCUGGGAACAAGGGCAAGUUCUUCAUCCCUUCUGUGAGACGACAACAUGCAGGGCAAUAUCGCUGUUAUUGUUACAGCUCAGCUGGUUGGUCACAGCCCAGUGACACCCUGGAGCUGGUGGUGACAGGAAUCUAUGAACACUAUGAACCCAGGCUCUCAGCACUGCCCAGCCCUGUGGUGACAGCAGGAGGGAAGAUGACACUCCACUGUGCCUCACAUGGUCACUAUGAUAAAUUCAUUCUCACCAAGGAAGAUAAGAAAUUCACCAGCUCACAGGACACAGAGCAUAUAUCUUCUAGUAGACAGUACAGAGCCCUGUUUAUUAUAGGACCCACAACCCCAACCCAUACAGGGGCAUUCAGAUGUUAUGGUUACUACAAGAAUACCCCAUUACUGUGGUCAGUACCUAGUGCUCUCCAACAAAUACUCAUCUCAGGGCUGUCCAAGAAGCCCUCUCUGCUGACUCACCAAGGCCAUAUCCUGGACCCUGGAAUGACCCUCACCCUGCAGUGUUACUCUGACAUCAACUAUGACAGAUUUGCUCUGCACAAGGUGGGGGGAGCUGACAUCAUGCAGCACUCUAGCCAGCAGACUGACACUGGCUUCUCUGUGGCCAACUUCACACUUGGCUAUGUGAGUAGCUACACUGGAGGCCAAUACAGAUGCUAUGGUGCACACAACCUCUCCUCUGAGUGGUCAGCCUCCAGUGACCCCCUGGACAUCCUGAUCUCAGGACAGCUCCCUCUCACUCCUUCCCUCUCAGUGCAGCCUAACCACACAGUGCACUCAGGAGAGACCGUGAGCCUGCUGUGUUGGUCAAUGGACUCUGUGGAUACUUUCAUUCUGUCCAAGGAGGGAUCAGCCCAGCAACCCCUGCGACUAAAAUCAAAGUCCCAUGAUCAGCAGUCCCAGGCAGAAUUCUCCAUGAGUGCUGUGACCUCCCAUCUCUCAGGCACCUACAGGUGCUAUGGUGCUCAAGACUCAUCUUUCUACCUCUUGUCAUCUGCCAGUGCCCCUGUGGAGCUCACAGUCUCAGAAACCAUUGAAUCCUCCACCUGGUCUCUCAAAAGGCCCAACCCACCAAUUCCCACAGAGAACCAGGAUCACACAACGGAGAAUCUGAUCAGGAUGGGGAUGGCAGUCGUGGUCCUCAUCGUCCUUUCGAUUCUAGCCACUGAGGCUUGGCAAAGCCAUAGACAGACCCACCCUGCAGCUGGAAACUAAUCUAAAGAGAAAAGAAUGCAUGUUUCUAUGUUCUACACUCUGGGAAAUAUAUCUGAUGACCCAAAGUUGUCAAAAAAAAAACAAAAAACGAAAAAAAAAAAAACAAAACACUGUUGUGGUAUUGAGGAACUGUUGGGAUAGAAUGUCUAGGGAGCAAAAGUGUGGGGUUCAGAGGGAAGUGGAAUUUUAUAAUGAGGUGCUUCCUCAACAAAUGAAUUCCUGUCCCUCCACAUACUGGGAGCCUUUGUUUCCUGAACACUCUUCUGAACCCAGAAAGUGAGGGAAUAGGCUGUCCCACCUGCCUGGAAUAUCUUUCACCUAUGGAUUGUAAUUUUCUGUAUUUCUUUAUGGGAUGUAUUCAUUCACAUUUAAAGGCCUCUGUCAUCUUUAUAAAUUGUAUUUAAGGACA